UCUAUUCUGUUCUUAAUGUCUUCUAGUAUAUCUAUAUCUCUCUCUCUCUAUAUAUAUAUGGGGUCCUUACUCCUUGUAUUGUAGCCAGUUUGUCUUCCCUUCUACUGUUUCUUCCCCAACAUUCUAAACCCUUCUCAUACCUAUAUCCAUAUCUAGAGAGAGAGAGAGAGAGAGAGAGAGAGAGAGACAGCUGCAGCUUCUCAGAUCCAAGCUCACAGACACAUAAUCUGGAGAUAUCAUCAGUUAUUCCAACAAGGGGAGGUGGGAAACAAACAUUUGCAGAUAUCAACCAAGUGUGUGUAAGAGAGAGAGAAACAGAAAAACAGUAGUGGUGUGUUUUUAGGGUAUGGAUUCUUCAACAGCACAACUCAUUCAUCAUCGCCAUCAGGUUCAAAUUCAGGGAGGAUCUGAAACCCUAGAAAGCAUGCUGCAAGUGCAAGUAAAACCCCAAUUGCAAGAAAAGAAGCCAAGACCAGCAGAUGAGCAAUCCCUAAAAUGCCCUCGCUGCGACUCCACCAACACCAAAUUCUGCUACUACAAUAACUACAGCCUCUCCCAGCCCCGCUACUUCUGCAAAUCCUGCCGCCGCUACUGGACCAAGGGCGGCACUCUCCGGAACGUCCCCGUCGGCGGCGGCUGCCGCCGCAACAAGCGAUCCUCGUCCUCCAAUUCCACCUCCUCCGCCGCCGCCACCACCUCCUCCUCCAACUCCUCCUCCAGACAAUCCAUCCCCGCCGCCGGCGACUACUCCGGCGACCUCACCCUCGCCAUCGCCCGCCUCCAGAAGCAGGCCCACCUAGGCUUCGACGAUUCAAUUUGGGGGAACCAUCAGUUUCCGCCGCCGCAGGCGGCGGCGGAACAUUCCGGCGGGAGUAUGUUCGAAACCCUAGUUAGAAAUAACGGGUUUCUCGAAACCCCGCCAGCGCCGCCCAAUUGCUUCCAGAAUAUUUGCUACGGAUUGGAGAGCGCCGCCGCCGCAGGCGGAGGGAAUUUGUAUGAUCAGGGAUUUGGAGUGAAGCAGGAGAUUUGCGGCGGCGAGAGGGGGUUUUGGGGGUUUCCGUGGCAGAGUGGGGACGGCGGCGCAGCCGCGGAGUUUGAUCAGUCCGGCAGAGGCGGUGGCGCGUGGAUCAGUGGAAUAGGGGUGUCGAAUUGGCAGGGACUUCUGAAUAGCCCCCCUCUUAUGUCGAACAUCAAUUAGGGUUUGUUAAUGGCAGCCAUUGUUGUUUGAUUUUAAUUUCUUGAAGAAACAGCAACGAAAAGGGGGGGGGGGGGGGGGGGGUUUAAU